GCCAGCUUGGUAGUCCAAUUUAGCUUCCUGGAAGGCCCAUUUAGCACUCCUCAUAUUGUUUGUUUAUUUUAUUAUUAACAAAGUUGCGGUACCCUUCGUUCUCAAUUGUUGAUCGAGUCUCACAGUCAUGGCGGAGAUUGAGCUAAAAACAGCACCUGUUGAUUUUCGUUUUCCUACCACUAAUCAAACCAGACACUGUUUCACUCGCUACAUAGAGUUCCAUAGGUGCUUGGCAGUGAAGGGUGAAGAAUCAGGAGAAUGCGAGAGAUUUGCUAAAUAUUACCGCUCCCUUUGCCCUGGUGAAUGGGUUGAAAAGUGGAAUGAGCAGAGGGAUAACGGGACUUUUCCAGGACCUCUUUGAAAUCAUGUGUAACUUGGAUCUCUUUGUGAGCAAGUGUUGAAUAUUUUGUUUUUAUUAUUUUGUCCAAUAUAUUUGACGACCCUCACCGAGUCAUGGUGGUUGGUGGAUCAAUAAGGCUGCUUAUGGAUAUUCAUUACUCCACAUAUUCCUAAAGCCAUUUUGCUUCUUAAGUUUGAUGUAAUUGUUCUGACUUUGGUGUUUUCUUUGUUCAGAACAUUAUUUUGUAUUUAUUUGUCAGCUUCAUGUCA